AUGAGCAAGCUGUAUACGCUCUAUGCGAUCGCACAGGGAGCAUUCAAGGUUGCCCGAGCGAGCGGCGAGCUCUCGCUCAAGCAUGCACCACCGGGUCCACCGGCGUGGCCGCAAUCACCUCGAGUGCCGCCUCGUGACAUCCUCAAACGAGUUCUCAAACAGCAAGCGGCCGCUCGACCUCCGACAAGUCGAGAGGUCCACCCCGAUGUCAGCAUAUUCGCCGAGCCUGCAAGUCUGAACAAGUCGUCCAUUGCAAUAGAGCCAUCGUCGGGUCAACUUCCACAAGGCGCUACAGCUACCGAGUCGACAGCCACUGCAGGAGAUAUACCGCGUCAGGCGUAUACUGAGCCGCUUCGACCGUCAGAGCGCCCUGCCGAGCCCAUAUCUCUCGAGCCGUCAGGGACAUCGCCAGUGCCAUCCGAACUUACGCGCCAAGUCGAUCUGCCCCAAGUAUCUGUCAGUGGGGCAGAACCCACUGCGACUUCAUCCCAACAGGACGAAGACCUGCCGCAGGACAUAGAGCAACCCGAGUCUGCUGUCAUCCUUCGCGCCUCUAAAGUGCCGUCCUCGAGACUCGGACGUCUUUUUCACUAUGGCGGCCUGGCUGCUGGUCUCAGUAUGGGUGCUGCCUCUGAGGCCUUCAGGCAGGCACGAGCAGGCGGUAACAGAUCUUCACUCCUCCUCAGCCCAUCAAAUAUCCGCCGACUUGUCGAUAAGCUAACGAGAAUGCGCGGCGCUGCCCUCAAGCUCGGUCAAUUUAUGUCCAUCCAAGAUUCGGCUAUGCUGCCGCCCCAGCUCGAGCAGAUCCUGCUGCAAGUGCAGAACAAUGCAAAUUACAUGCCAGAAUGGCAGACGCGCAGCGUCCUUGAGACUGGCCUAGGUCAAGAUUGGGAAGAGAGACUUGCAGACUUUUCUUUCGUGCCCUUCGCUUCAGCUUCUAUCGGACAGGUCCAUCGCGCGACUCAGGUCUCCACCGGUCUGCCUGUCGCCAUCAAGAUCCAGUUUCCUGGCGUGCGAAACAGCAUCGAAUCAGACCUGUCGAACCUCAAGCUUCUCCUGACUGCUUCUGCUCUUCUACCGCGCGGCUUGUAUCUGGAGAACACGCUCAAAGUCCUGUCGCGCGAGUUGGACGACGAAUGUGACUAUACUCGAGAAGCGCAAUGCGGCCAGAGGUUCGCUGAUCUGCUGCAGGGCGACACGCGCUUUUCUGUGCCUGCAAUCAUACCCGAGCUUUGCUCAGAGCAAGUCUUGACGACCGAGAUGAUGCAAGGCAUCCCCCUUACAAAGACAGUCCGACUCGCCCAAGAUACCCGCAACCGCAUCGCCUCCGACAUUUUACGUCUUUGCUUUCGCGAACUGUUCCAUUUUGGCUUUAUGCAGACAGAUCCCAACUGGACGAACUUUCUCUACAACAAGGCCAACGGCAAGAUCGAGCUCAUCGACUUCGGCGCAUCACGAUCAUACAGCACCGACUUUAUCGACGGUUAUCUCAAGCUGCUCCAAGCAGCCAUCAAAGGUGACCGACAAGCAUGCAUUGACGAAUCUCUCGCGCUCGGCUAUCUCACGGGCAACGAAAGCGAGGUCAUGCUGGAUGCGCACGUCGAGUCAAUGGUCGCCUUAGGCGAGCCUUUCCGACCCGACGCACCGUCACCCUAUCCCUUUGCUCAGCAGACCAUCACAGAUCGCAUCCGAGCUCAGAUACCCAUCAUGCUGCGACAUCGGUUGACGCCGCCGCCAGUGGAGACUUACAGCCUCAAUCGCAAGCUAUCUGGCUGCUUCUUGCUCUGCGCCCGUCUCGGCGCCCAUAUCGACUGUCGCACAGUCUUGCAAGAAGUGCUGGACGAAGCCCCAGCAGCUCGUGUUCGUUCAAGAUCUUUUGCGACAAUCUAG